UGCAGGCAGUAGGCGCACAAAACCAGCUCUGCGCUGCGCUCCUCCACACGGACUUACUGAAGGGACACAACGCAAGAGGGACUUAUCCACAUGUAGGGCUACAAUUUUUUUUUAUAUUCGCAAAUGCGCAUAAUGUUUUGAUCGGAGAACACUUCAGAUGAUUCACUGCUGCUCUCUGGAUAUUUGAGUCGUCUGAAUGGCUCGGAUUUGGAUAUUAUAGCCUCCAAAGAAAAAAAAAACGCACCAGGGGUGCCAAACCAAACUCUUUAUAAAGGAAGGAUAUAAGGGUGCCAGCACCCCACAGUGAAAGGGUAGCGUCGCGGCCGGUGAGUGACCAAUGCCCGGGAUGAUGGUGUCGCUCGGCGGGGCAGCCCUGCUCGUCCUGUCCGGGCUGCUCGCUCCGCUCUGCGCGGUGCGGGCUUUCGGCGACGAGGUGGAGGAAAUGACCUGCGACCCGAUCCGGAUCAGCAUGUGCCAGGGUCUCGGCUACAACGUCACCAAGAUGCCCAACCUGGUCGGCAACGUGCUGCAGUCGGACGCGGAGCUGCAGCUGACCACGUUCACGCCGCUCAUACAGUACGGCUGCUCCAGCCAGCUCAAGUUCUUCCUGUGCUCAGUCUAUGUGCCAAUGUGCACUGACAAGGUUCCCAUCCCCAUUGGUCCAUGUGGCAGCAUGUGUCUGUCUGUCAAGAGAAAGUGCCUCCCAGUGCUCAGUGAGUUUGGCUUCAUCUGGCCAGAGAUGCUCAACUGCAGCCUCUUCCCGCCUCAAAACGACCACAACCACAUGUGUAUGGAGGGUCCGGUGGACGAGGACCCGCCCUACCAGCCCGUCCGUCAUCCUCCCCAACAGGAGGAGUGUCAGGCGCUGGGAUUUGCCCCCGACCAGUACACCUGGUACAAACAGACUGAGACCUGCACUCUGCAGUGUGGCUACGACAGCGGGCUCUACCGACGGGGGGCCAAAGUGUUCACGGAUGCGUGGAUGGCGGUGUGGGCCGUGCUGUGCUUCUUGUCGACCACCCUGACCGUCCUCACCUUUCUGUUGGAUUCACAGCGCUUCUCGUACCCUGAGAGGCCCAUCAUCUUCCUGUCCAUGUGCUGUAACCUGUACAGUGUUGCCUACCUGGUGAGGCUGACUCUGGGCAGGGAGCGUGUUUCCUGUGACCUGGAUGCCGCAGCCGUACCCAUAUUAGUCCAGGAAGGGUUAAAGAGCACCGGCUGCGCAAUAGUCUUUCUCCUGCUCUAUUUCUUUGGCAUGGCUUCCUCACUCUGGUGGGUGAUCUUGACCCUCACUUGGUUCUUGGCUGCUGGGCUGAAGUGGGGCCACGAGGCCAUUGAAAUGCACAGCUCCUACUUCCACAUAGCAGCCUGGGCUAUUCCAGCCGUCAAAACUAUCGUCAUCCUCAUAAUGAGGCUGGUGGACGCCGACGACCUGACGGGGCUCUGCUACGUGGGCAACAUGCAGCAGGAGGCACUCACAGGAUUUGUGGUGGCGCCGCUGGCCACAUACCUUCUAAUAGGCACACUGUUCAUCUGUGCUGGCCUGGUGGCUCUUUUCAAGAUCCGCUCCAAUCUGCAGAAGGACGGCGCCAAAACAGACAAGCUGGAGCGUUUGAUGGUUAAGAUCGGAGUGUUUUCCGUUCUCUACACCGUCCCAGCGUCCACUGUCAUUGGCUGUUACCUCUACCAGCUCUCUCACUGGGGGGAGUUCAGGGCCAGCCCCCGGGACUCAUAUGUGGCAUCGGAGAUGCUUCGAAUCUUCAUGUCUCUGCUUGUAGGCAUCACAUCAGGCAUGUGGAUCUGGUCAGCAAAAACCCUCCACACCUGGCAGCGCUGCUCCGCCCGCCUCCUCAGAGACAGCAGGGCGAGCCGGGGGGGCAAGAGGGCGCCGGGUGAGGGCUGGAUCAAACCGGGGAAAGGCAAUGAGACGGUGGUGUGAGGAGAGAGGACAGGAAUGGACUUAUAUCUGCUUCCCUCUCACUUACAGAAACUCAAUCUGUCAAACAAAAGUUGGAGGGGGCAGAGAAGACAGAUGAGAGGAAGAUGUGAUGCAGGAACGCAGCAGGAGUUUCUCAAGGAAGCAACUGGAUGUAAUGGCAUCCUACAAGCUCACUGAGAGUCCUCAAGCAUGCCUCACGCCCCUCUAACUGACCUUGUGCCUCUUCAGGAGGAGAACAGUGGAUGAGGGUUGUGCAUCAGUAGCAACAGUAGCCUCUCUACCUCUGCUAGACUUCUUUUGCCCAGAGGGAGAGAGAAACAAAGCAGAAAAUGAAGGAGAAAGAGAGAUGGGAAAGGCAGAAGAGAAGCAUCGAUAUGCAGACCAGACGCACCGAUAAGCUGUGUAGCACCACGUCUACCUCUCUGUCUCUCUUUCCUCUCCCCAGCCCUCGGCAGCAGAGACUGAGCCUGCUCCACACAGGAACCCUCACACCGUUGUGUCUUUUUAGGGCCUUUUGAAGUUUUGAACUUUACACUGGACGGUCCUGGUGCAGACAUUGAGCAGCUGUAGGCUGAUGUUUCCCAAAAGCACCUGACAACUCACAUGGGUUCAUGUGUCCACAUGGAAAAGUGUAGGAAAUCAAUGAACUACCAGGCCAAAACUAAUUAAGAUCUGAAGAAAACAUAUCAAAUGUAUGUAUUUACAUUUGAUCACUGAUACAUUUUUUUUGUAAAUUAUUACCUUUUGUACAAUAUAAAAGAGCAGAUUUUUUGGGAAACCAGAUCUAAGCUGUAAUAAUGCACUAUAAUUAUAUACAAUAUGUGAAGCAUCUGUGCUUGUCACAAGUGCAUUACCUGGCGGCAGUGAUGGGUCUCAUAUCAAAUCAUUACACACUAUGUGAAUAUGCAGAGAGCCUUUUCACGGGGAGAGUUUUGUCAGUUUUCGGUAUGAAAGCUGCAGAAGAAAAAUAACGUGGUGUGUUGUUCCAUUUUCUUACAAAUAUCAUGAAGUACAGGUGGAGAAACAUGAAUAUUGUUUUAAGAUGUGUUGUUCAUGUAGGUAACUUGGGCUGCAACUAACAACUUAUUGAUUAAAGCUGCAAUGUGUAAGAAUUAGCCCCCUCUCAUACGCAUACUCUAAACAAAUAGGGUGCAGCAUAUCGUCAGAGUAAAUGCUAACUGCUGCUAACUGUUGCCCUUAAAUUACCAGCUCAGUUAGCAGUGCAGUUAGCGGUGCGGACUGGGUGCGCUAGGGACCAAGAGAGUGUUAGUGUUUAUACCACUAGCACAGGAGUGUUGGUCGCGGACAGUACCGGGAGAGGUGGCUAGCAUGCUAACUUCAGUAUCAUGAUAUCAAAACUGCAAUUUAGUUAAUUGUUUUCACCUAAAACGUCUUCAUAUUGCACCUUUAAUCUGUCUCUAUUUUCACAAUUAAUUAUACAAAGGUUUAGUCUAUAAAAAGAAAAUUUGAUAAAUACUCAUCGCUAUUUUUCAGAGCUCAAAUUCUCAGACUUAAGAAGCAGGAAGGUGCAAAUGUUUGAUAUUUUGCUUGAAAGAAAUGAUUCAUCCAUGAUUGAAAAAUAGUUGGUUUAAUUGCCUAAUCAAGUAACUGACUGUUAGUUGCAGCCCUUAGCGGUACCCAUGAGGUCAUACUGCAAUGUAUCCUGGGAGAACCCCAGCCGUGCCUUUUUACAGACCCAUAAGUGUGUAAGUGGUAAGGCAUCUGGGACAUGUAGGCCUGUGUGUUUUACCUCAGUAGUCCAUGAGAAGCUCAGCUAACUUCCAAUGAUGUGUGCAGUCCUCUUGGAAUCCUCGUACUGUAUAUGCUCUCAAGUUACCGUGAAAGCCAGGAAAUUAAAUUAUUCCCUCUGCCCUCUUUUCUAAACAGCCGACCCGAGGCAGGUUAAAGAAUUAGAGGUUAUUAGACAAUCAGUUGCCAAAAGACACAUUAUGCAAUAACAAAAGCGCUGUCACAGGCACAUGCACAUGUACGCAAGUAUGUGACUCUGUUCCCACGGAUGUCACCCACCAGAUUUCAUAUGAAGUUACACCAGCAGUAAGAGACCAUAUCUGACCUUGGGUACGUCUCUCAGUUUCUUCUUAAGUCUCUUCAGUUCAUGAAGCCAACACAGAAGCACAAUGAAAUCUGCACUAUUAAUUGGCAUGUCUGUCCCGCCUGCACGUCUGUAUGCCUGAUGCUCUCAUCCCUUGUUUCUCUUCAACCUCGUCUGCUGCAUCUUGGCUCGUUUCCCAGACAAUCAAGUCCUCCCUGGAAAAGAUUAUUGUACGCUGCAUUUCAAAAUUUCAUGGAUGAAAGAGACAAGAUUUCUAGUCAUUGUCUCCAGCUGUGCAUUUUGUUGACAAUAUGGAUACCUUCCACUUCCACUCCAAUCUUGCUCAAUAGCUGCUUAUAGAAUGAAUUAUAAGCUUCGAUUUCUAUAAGUCAUGACUGUCUUACUGCUGCUUUCACCAAAUGCAACUGCUCCUUUUUGCCCGACAAUCUAUCUAGCAAAGCUCUUGUAUUUCAGUGAGGUUUUGAAUGUAUACAUAUGUAGGGUCUACAUAUUAAAGUAGAGUAAAGAAAAUUUGGCUCUGGGCAGUUUAAAUGUAGAAAGGCUAGAGCUUUGUGUCAUUUUAAAACCAGAUAGUGCCUCACACAGCCUGUCACGUGUAAUUUUUAACCUAAUGUUUUGACAGAAAAUAAUUUUUUUACUGCCUUUUCCACAAAGUACGUUCAAUGUAACAUCAUCCGUAUUACAUUCAAUGAUCCUUUCGAGGUUCUGGUGAAACCUAGAACCCUGAAAAAACAGUGCUUCUCCAACCAGCGUACCUUGGCACACUUAUUACAUUUCCAAAGUCAAACAAACAUCACAUUGAGUUAAAGUGAAUUAAAUUAACCCCUGACCACCUCCCCCUCUGAGCUAAUGCAGUUUCCCUCUCAUGCCUUCAUGUCUUGGCCAUGUCCUCUCGUAUGACCACGCUGAGCUCCAGGUGACAUUUCCAAACAAUCGCUAAAUAGUUGUGCCUUGAAACAGGGUGAGCAUGUGCCACAGCCUAAUGAAGACUGAGAACCACUGAUGACGCAGAUUUGUAAAUGCUCUCGAGAAGCCCAGAUAUGAAUCAAUGUUGAGAGUGAGUUCAUGGACACUGGUCGUAGCCUUUAAGGUCUAGAGACUGUUCCUUUGUGUACAAAGCUUGUUGUCUUGAUGAUGUCAUCAAUGUAUUGUAAAGAAAGUGCUAAUUUAUGGUUGUUAAAAAGUGACACAAAUUUUAAAACUUGUUCGUUAUUUAAAAACACUUUUGUAUCAGAAGAAGAUGAUGAAUAAAAAAACGUUUUGGUUUCCAA